CAGAAAAGAAGAGAAUUUUCAGUUCUUGGCUUUGUGCUCCAGAUCGGCUCCGUCUUCUCCAAGAUUCAAAACCCUAGCGAUCUUCCCAAGCCGCUGGAGAUCUCAUGGAGGAGAGGGAGCCAGGAAAAGGCGAGCCAUCCGAGCUCCAGAACGGCAGUGAGCCGGCAUCGGAUGCGGCGACGGUGGCCACUGAAGAAGAGGCCGGCGUCGGAUCUGUUGUAGAUCCCAAUCAAGAUCCAUCCUCGGUGACUGCCGAUCAGGGUCUAUCGACGGCAAAUGCCAAUCAGGAUUUAUCCACUGUGAAUUCCGAUCAGGAUCCAUCCACGGCGAAUCCCGGUCUGUCGAAUGGCGAAGGUAGCCGCACCUUCACGAUGAGGGAGCUCCUCAACGAGCUCAAGGAGGGGGAGAAGAGAUCGGUGGAGGAGGGCUCAGCCGGAGCAAAUCGUGCCAGCGAUGCUGCGAUCGAUGGGAGCAGGACGGACGCGGGUUUGUCUUACAAUCAUGAUACUUUGCACCAACAAUAUGCCAACCAGCAUGAUACAGCUAUGGACUUGAUCAAUAAUGUUACUGGAGUAGACGAGGAAGGUCGUUCUCGUCAGCGCAUUCUUACUUUUGCUGCUAAAAGGUAUGCUACUGCUAUUGAGAGAAACCCUGGAGACUACGAUGCUUAUUACAACUGGGCUUUGGUUCUUCAGGAAAGUGCCGAUAAUGUGAGUCCAGAUUCUGGCUCACCUUCAAAAGAUGCUUUACUUGAGGAAGCUUGCAAAAAAUAUGAUGAGGCUACACGACUUUGCCCUACACUUCAUGAUGCCUUCUAUAAUUGGGCUAUUGCUAUAUCUGAUCGGGCAAAAAUGCGUGGCCGCACUAAAGAGGCGGAAGAACUGUGGAAGCAGGCCACAAGAAAUUAUGAGAAAGCGGUUCAGCUCAACUGGAACAGUCCUCAGGCCUUGAACAACUGGGGACUUGCUUUGCAGGAACUCAGUGCUAUCGUUCCUGUUCGGGAGAAACAGACAAUCGUAAAAACAGCUAUAAGUAAGUUCCGUGCUGCGAUCCAGCUUCAGUUUGAUUUUCAUCGAGCAAUUUACAACCUUGGGACAGUUCUGUAUGGCUUAGCCGAAGACACAUUAAGAUCUGGGAGGCCAAUAAAUGCUAAAGAAACAUCCCCAGAUGAGCUCUACAGUCAGUCAGCUAUUUAUAUUGCAGCCGCUCAUGCUUUGAAACCAAAUUACUCAGUGUACCGCAGUGCUUUGAGGCUGGUUCGUUCUAUGCUACCCCUGCCCUACCUUAAAGUGGGAUAUUUGACCGCGCCACCUGCAAGGAAUCCAAUUGCACCUCAUACAGAUUGGGAAAGAUCUCAUUUUAUUUUAAAUCAUGAAGGACUUCAACAGGUCAGCAAGGCUGACAAGCUUAUAUCACAGAGCCCUCAGAGGUUACAAUCAUCUGCAACCAUGGAUAAAUCACUGGUUAAAGUUGAUGUCCCAGAUAUUGUUUCAGUAUCAGCAUGUGCAGAUCUCACUCUACCUCCAGGUGCAGGCCUUUGCAUAGAUACGGUUCAAGGGCCCGUGUACUUGGUUGCUGAUACAUGGGAAGCUCUAGACGGAUGGCUAGAUGCUAUUCGCCUUGUUUACACCAUCUUUGCAAGGGGAAAGAGUGAUGUUCUUGCUGGUGUUAUAACCGGUUGAUUCUGCUGUCUGAAUCAUCUACAAUUAGAGGAAAUGUGUUCAUCUGAGCCUGCAUCCUUUUUGACCUUGAUCACCUUGAUUGUUUUUAUCAUGGUCUUCUGAUUUCAAGUUCAUCUAUCUAGGAUUUUUGCACCAUCUUUGUUGUAUACUAGUUGUGUAGCCCUUAAAGACCUUGUCAUAAUAAGCUUUAUUAGUCUUACUUCAUUAUAAAUUUAAUGCAGCUAUAAAUUGUUACU